CAAGGGCAACCCGACCAUAGGGCUCAUCUCACCCUCGCCCGCCUACCUCUAGGUCCCGACUUGUCGCUAGCUCUGACACCUUGGCUGAAAUGCUUGUAAUGUGUCUGCCAAGACUCCAUGAAAGUGAGGACGAACGGCGCGACUAGUCACUCAGAUGCUCACCUGUGCUCACCUCUGCAAAUGCUGACGUUUCUGGUCCGGCAUUAUCUUAGGCCCGUAAUAAAGCACCCCGCGCCAAGUUGGUAAUCAUGGCUUCCUGGGCCUGCAGAUCUGCGCAUGGGGAGCCAGUCGGAGCUGUGCGGCCAGAAAAGAUCCGCAAGGAAUAAGAAGGCAGACCUCAGUCCGUUGGCAAGGACUAAAUUCUAGUUUCUCACCCACUUCUAGUUUUCAAAUUAAUCUUUGCCGGCUGCACUUGAUCUUGGUAUGAUCGUGAGGUGCGUUCCAAUUUUACAACAUGGCAACAGGUGUACCAGAAGCCGAACGCGACCUGGUCGAGACUGGCGAAGGCCGUGCACAGGGCGAAGAAAAGAAGAAGGGAGAGCGAGAAGAUGGCCGAGUUGAAUUAGAGGAUCACGAUGCGUGGGACAAGCUAGGAUAUAGUUUUCCAACAUGGCGGAAAUGGCAGAUUCUCAGUGUGGUCUUUUGCAUUCAGAUAUCGAUGAAUCUGAACGCUAGCAUGUAUGCCAAUGGCGUACAGAAAAUCGCAAAGCAGCACAAAGUCAGCGCGCAAGUUGCACGCAUUCCGCAGAUGUUGUUCUUGGUUGCCUAUGCCUUUGGAUGCGAACUCUGGGCCCCAUGGAGCGAGGAGUAUGGUCGUUGGCCCAUUCAACAAUCGAGUCUCUUCCUGGUAAACAUUUGGCAGAUUCCAUGCGCUCUGGCACCCAACUUUGGAACCUAUUGCAUUUGCCGGUUCCUCGGCGGCCUCUCAACGGCAGGUGGCUCGGUCACGCUAGGAGUGCUGGCCGACAUGUGGGAACCUGACGAGCAAGAAUAUGCCGUCGCAUUUCUGGUGCUUUCGUCUGUGGGCGGCUCUGUUGUUGGAGCUGUGGUGGGCGGUUUCGUUGAGGCAUACAAAUCCCUGCCGUGGAUCUUUUGGAUGCAACUCAUUAUCGGUGGCGGCGUCCAGGCCAUUCACUUUUUUGCUAACCCUGAAACAAGAGCAACUAUUCUCCUUGAUCGUGAAGCAAAGCGCAGGCGCAAGGCCGGCGAGACGCACAUCUAUGGACCUAAUGAGAUUGACGGACGGGGGAUGACGUUCAAACAAGUCUGGGUUAUCUGGUCUCGACCGUUUUACAUGUUUGUUACUGAGCCGAUUGUCUUGUGGCUGUCCCUCCUCAGCGGCUUCAGUGAUGCUCUCAUUUUUACCUUUCUUCAGAGCUUCCAGCUCGUCUAUAAACAGUGGGGUUUCAAAACAGUUGGGAUCACCCUAGCUUUUAUCCCAAAGAUUCGACGCCGCGAUCCAGAUGCACUCCUUCCAGAAGUCCGUCUGUGGUGGCUAUUGUUUUUGGCACCGCUGGAGACUAUUGGCUUGUUUGGUUUUGCGUGGACCAGUUUGGGACCAACACACGGUAUACCCUGGAUUGCUCCGAUGAUCUUCUCUACUCUAGUGGGUAUAGCAAAUUACGCCAUAUACCAAUCGUCUAUUGACUACAUGACGGCUGCCUACGGUCCAUAUGCUGCAUCCGCCACCGGCGGCAACGACCUGGCACGAGACUUUCUCGCCGGCAUUGCAGCCCUGUAUUCUACUCCCAUGUACACUAAUAUUCCUCACAAACCGUUGGAAUGGGCGUCUACAAUUCUUGCAUGCAUUGCGAUAAUUGUGACCAUUCCGAUCUAUAUCUUCUACAAGAAAGGACCCCAGAUUCGCGAAAGGUCCAAGUUUGCCCAAUCGAUUGGCGCAAAGAGAAUGGAAACGAAGAGGAGACGCAAGUCAUCAGUCGGAACUGGUGCGGCGGAGAAGUCAGAGGCGGAACAUUUCGAAAAUGUGUAAAUGCCAUGCGGCGUGGUCCUGUGUGCUGCAGACACUUGGCUUUUCGGACACGUCACCCUUGAUACGACAGCUCAAGAAGGAUGAAAGUGAAUAUCUGAAAAACAUUUUAUGAUAGUAUACGAAUAGUCUUUAUUGCGAUUUUCCCCUCGGGAAUGGGAACAGGGUCGGGAACACAAGGCGGAUCCUGUCGGCGUAAAGGUGGCCAUGUCUUUACGGAAAUUGUAUUUGCGCAUACUGUAUAGUAUUUAAUGAAUAAUCCUAGUCACUUGCACAAAUUAUCGCAGCUUUUGCGCCAUACAGUACUAACAUUCAGCUUUGUUCAGCCUCAGGCUGCUUUGACUCUGGACUUUUGG